AUGAGAGGCACGUUGUUCCUCCUGGCUCCCCUUGUGGCUGCUGCUGUCGUGAAACCGACAUCGCCACUCGAGGGUUGUCCCGGCUACACGGCUUCUAACGUGAAGCAGUUGGGUCAGACCUUGACUGCGGACCUUGAACUUGCUGGAGAUGCCUGUAACACCUAUGGCACGGAUCUACCGAAUUUGAAGCUUCUCGUAGAGACCCAAACUGAUAACCGCCUCCAUGUGAUGAUCUACGAUGCCAAGGAGGAGGUCUACCAAGUCCCAGAAUAUGUCCUGCCGAGACCUGAAAGCGGAAGAGCUCACCAUAAGAAGUCUGCCCUCAGCUUUGACUUCGAGGAGAAUCCCUUCUCAUUCCGGGUCCUACGUGGGGAAGAAGUACUCUUCGACACCUCUGACACCAAUAUCGUCUUCCAGUCCCAGUACUUGAAUUUGCGCACUUGGCUCCCCAAUGAACCAAAUCUAUAUGGUUUGGGCGAACACACUGACUCGCUCCGUCUGCCCACGGAGAAAUAUACGCGCACGAUUUGGAACCGCGAUGCUUAUGCCGUUCCCGAGAAGUCGAAUCUCUAUGGUGAUCACCCUCUUUACAUUGACCACCGUGGAGAGAAGGGCACGCAUGGCGUCUUCUUCUUGAAUUCAAAUGGCAUGGACAUCAAGAUUGAUAAGACCGAGGAUGGCAAGCAGUACCUCGAAUAUAACACUCUCGGAGGUGUUUUGGACUUUUACUUCAUGGCUGGUCCGACGCCCAAGGAAGUUAGCGAGCAGUAUUCUGAAGUUGUUGGUCUGCCUGUGAUGCAGAGCUACUGGAGUUUUGGGUACCACAACUGCCGAUAUGGUUACCAGGAUGUCUUUGACGUCGCUGAAGUGGUCUACAACUACAGCCGUGCCGGCAUCCCUCUCGAGACUAUGUGGACUGACAUUGACUACAUGGAUGCCCGAAAGGUUUUCACUCUCGACGAUGAGCGAUUCCCUCUCCAAAAAAUGCGAGGGUUGGUUUCCUAUCUUCACAAGCAUCACCAGAAAUACAUUGUGAUGGUUGACCCGGCCGUCAGUCACUCAGACAACGGUGCUUUCAACCGAGGUUCCGACCAAGGCGCCGUCUGGCCCGGUGUAACCGUCUUCCCAGACUGGUUCAAUCCGGAUACACAAAGUUACUGGAACUCAGAAUUCAGGCGGUUCUUCAGCGCAAGAGACGGCGUCGACAUCGAUGGUCUCUGGAUCGACAUGAACGAAGCUGCCAAUUUCUGCCCAUACCCUUGCGCGAACCCAGCAGAGUACGCUGAGCAGAAUGAUCUGCCCCCGGCGCCUCCACCAGUCCGAUCACCUCCCCGCAAAAUCCCCGGUUUCCCAGCUGACUUCCAGCCUGGAUCCUCAUCCGGCAAACCUUCACACCGGAUCAAGAGAGGCGAUGCUACGAUCGAGGAACGUAGUGUCAACGGGAAACCGAAACACGGAAGAAAGGGAAAGAAGAUCGGCUUGCCUGGCCGAGACCUGAUCAACCCGCCUUAUCAGAUUGCAAAUGAGGCUGGUUCAAUUAGCAAUAAGACCAUUGACACUGACCUCAUCCAUGCCGGCGAAGGCUAUGCCGAGUAUGACACACAUAAUCUUUAUGGCACCAUGAUGAGCUCGGCUUCCCGCGAGGCAAUGUUGAAGCGCCGACCUCAUGUGCGGCCGUUGGUCAUCACGCGCAGCACCUUUGCCGGAGCAGGCACCCAAGUCGGCCACUGGCUCGGCGACAAUGUCAGCGACUGGGAGAAGUACCGCAUCUCAAUUGCGCAGAUGCUCGCCUUCGCUUCAUUCUUCCAAGUCCCCAUGGUCGGCAGCGACGUCUGCGGUUUCGCCGGAAACACGACCGAAGAGCUGUGCGCGCGUUGGGCAAUGCUCGGGGGCUUCUACCCAUUCUACCGCAACCACAACGAGUUCAGCGCCAUUCCACAGGAAUUCUAUCGCUGGCCGACCGUGACAGAAGCCGCGAAGAAGAUCAUCGAUAUCCGUUAUCGUCUUCUUGAUUACCUUUAUACUUCCUUCCAUCACCAGACUGUGACCGGUAGCCCCUUCCUCCAGCCGCUGUUCUACGUCUAUCCGGAGGAUAGCCAGACCUUUGGCAAUGAGCUGCAGUUCUUCUAUGGUGAUUCGAUUCUUGUCUCGCCCGUCUCGGAAGAGGGCGCUACCUCGGUCGAUGCGUAUUUCCCCAAGGAUCUCUUCUACGAUUGGUUCACCGGUGCUGUUGUGCAGGGCGAGGGAGCCGUGAAGACGAUCAGCGAUCUUGCGGUCACGGAUAUCCCGAUUCAUAUCCGUGGCGGCAGUAUCCUCCCGCUCCGGACGGAGAGUGCGAUGACGACAAAGGAGCUGCGGAAACGCGGCUUUGAGAUUCUCAUCGCGCCGGGAGCGGAUGGAUCUGCUGAGGGCGAGCUCUAUCUCGAUGAUGGCGAAUCGAUUCGGCCGGACAGUGCAGCGCAGAUUCAGUUUGAGUUCCGGAACGGCAAGCUUAAGAUCCUGGGCCGGUUUGGCUAUCGUCCGAAUGUGGUGAUUGAGGCUGUUACGCUGCUUGGGCAGAAGAAUCAACCUCGGGAUGGUGACUAUAAUGCUCAGAGACAGAGCAUUACGAAGAAGGUCCAGAUUCAACUGACUGGACCUACCGAGGUGACUCUGUGA